AUGGGAAAUGGUGACUCACCAUUAGGUCCUAAACUUCGGAUCCGCUUAAAAGCAGAAGAUGGGACAUACCAAGAUGAGGGAUCGAAUAAGCAGAAGCGUAGGAAGAGAGCAGUCUCAUUUGCAAAUCGAGAUGCAAAGUCAGCUAUGGAAGAAUCUAGAGCAGCUUUACUAUUAAAUUGUUUCCCAUCCUCUGCACGUAAGGUUGAAGUUGUUGAAGUUGUAAAUAUGCGAGUUGACAGUUCUUUGGAAGCUAGGGAGGAUCAGUUAGAAGCUCUAUCUGAUGAGUCUGUGGAUGAUGAAGAGGUUAUCGAAACAUUAGACAAACUAGAAACAGAAGCUAAGAAAUUAAUAUCUAAUAGUGCUGGAUAUAAGUCUGGAAGAUCUAAAUUGAGACGUUCAAAGGAAGAGUAUGUAAAGAGUAGUCAGAUGUUAUCUGAUCAAGAGACAUCUUCAGCAGUAACAGUAGGGGAGAAUGAGGAUGAACAUAACCACUAUAACGAUCAUCAUACUCGUUCUAUAAAUACUUCUGGUAGUGCUUCUUCUUCUUCACCUGUUGGAUACAGUGGGAUCUCUCAAGUGGGUCAUACCCCUGUAUUCCUACCUCCACAACCAAUCCCCAUAGCUCCAAAUGUAGUACAACAACCUCCUCGAACAUAUGCCAAUUCACUAUUACUUUCAAAGGAGAAGUUCUCAACUCGGGCUUACUAUCCAUAUGAUCCUAAUUUCAAUUCUGCAUAUCUAGUUCAAGUAAAACCCAUGCCUGAAUCUAUGGCUCAAAUGUAUCAAAUUAAGGAACCAUCUACUGAGACUCAAAAUGAAGGACCAGAGGAUACAGAUUUAGAAGAUCUUACGAAGGAAAUUCCUAUUGAGUUACCUUCUUGUAGUGAUUGGUUUGAUAUGGAUAAGGUGCACCCUAUUGAGAUAGAAAUGCUAGAACCAAUAUUUAGAUCCGAAAUAAAGGAAACUUCACCUCAAGAUAAAGGAGGAUCAGAUGGUAAAGAAAAUUUAGACAGUAUGAGGUCUCUUAUAGAUGAUACGAGAUUAUUGGAGUACAAAGCUUUAAGAAAUGAAAUUAUAAGUUUGUACAGAAAGACUCCUAGGCAAUAUUUAACAGUUACAGAGUGCAGGAGGCGUAUUCCCUAUACUGGAGAUAUAUCUGUAUUACUACAAUUACAUGUAUAUCUGGAAUUUUGGGGUCUUAUUAAUUUUCAGGCUGAUCCUAAAACCUUUCCACCUAAAACUCGCAAGUUAAUGGAUUAUAAAAUGAAAGAUUUAGCAUCUUGGCCUAAAAACAACUCUAAAUAUGAUAUUACUCCAAUAAGUCGCAUUGAUGAGAAUACAAUUAAUAAUCCUUUUGCAACAAGUUUAGUUGCUCAAUGCAUCUCAUGUAACAAACCUUGUAUGUACUGCUAUUAUAUCCUACGAGCUGGUGUUGUUCAGGGAGUAUCUAUGGCAGCGUUAGAUAGAUGUGUAUGGUGUGUUAGAUGCUAUUCAGAAGGAAGAUUUCCAUCUAUUCUUCAUGGAGGUCACUUUCUUAAAGUUGAUCUACCUGUUACUGCAGCUGCAAAGUCUCCAGAAGAUGUUAUGAAGGCAGGUCCACUUGGUAUUGCAACAUGGACUCAAGAAGAAGUUCAAAGACUUAUUGAAGGUAUUGAAUUGCAUGGUGAUGAUUGGGAUGCAGUAUCUCAUUAUGUUGGAAAUAAUAGAACUCCUCAAGAAUGUGUAGCUUACUUUAUACAGAUACCUAUCGAAGAACCUUUCAUGAGGAAUGUAAAUCCUUCUAAACAUACAAAAACUUCUUUCCCUUUUAUGGAUGUAAGUAAUCCUUUAAUGACACAAAUAGCUUUAGUAGCCUCUAUCAUAAACCCUGUAGUAGCUGCUUCAGCUGCCAAGUCAGCUCUUGGUAAAAUCCUAGAAAUUGAAGGAUUUAAAGAGAAAACCCAAGAUAGCCAGGAUUACUCGAAAGGAGAAACUACUGGAGAAUAUAUAGAUAACUUAAAUUCAAAUAUAAAAAUUAAUCAAGAAUACAUAGAAGAAAAUAUAGAUACACAAUCUUUGAGCAUUAAAGAAAAUAAUAGAGAAGUAGCAAAUGAUAUUACAAAUGAAAAUGUAACGAAUCCUAUAAAUAAUCCAUUUUUACCGAAAUUUGUACCUUGUAUAUCAUCUGCGGAGUGGCCAAGCUCAGCUCUUUUAGGUGAAAAGGGAGUUCAAGAAGUAUGCUCUAUAGCUCUUGAGAGUGCUGCUAAACGAGCAAAAGAUUUAGCUAAUUGGGAAGAAAAUGAAAUUUUAAAUUUGAUGCCUCAAUUGAUAGAUAUUACUCUUAAUAGGUUAGAACUCAAAUUAAAACAAUUCAAAUAUCUCCAAUCAAUGGUUGAAGAAGAACGCCAAAUUUUAGAAGAUCGUUUUGAGAAAAUAAAAAGUGAACAUUGUGACUUAAAAAAUAAACUAAAUCAUGCUCAAUUGCAGCUUAAGGCUCAGCAGAACCAAAGAUAA